UACAGUCUCUCCCCAUUCCUCCUGCCCUCAUUCCUCUGGCAGACCUUUCUUUAAAUACUCGAAAUGGCUUGAACGGACUAUGCCUGCUGCUUCUCACAUGGCUAGGAGGAGGAAAGCUAACUUUUCAGACGUUUUCAUGGUUGGACUAAAUGAAAAGAGCAGAAACAGAGGAGUGAAGGUGAGCAGGGAACACCAUGGAGGCUGCAUUCCCCUCUUUCCCCACGCCAGCUGACCGGCUGACCUGGUUGUUCCUUGCUCUGUUUACAUCAUGGAUGGUCCUGGGUUCAGCAGACACAAAGCAGACAAGAUGGCCAUUAUACUCCCAGAAGCCAGUUCUUCUUGUGUGGAACGCUCCCACUCAGGAGUGUAGGACACGACGAGGUGUUACGUUAUCAUUAGACCAGUUCGACAUUGUGGCAACCCCCAAUGAGGGCUUUGUCCGACAGAAUCUCACAAUGUUCUAUAAGGAACGCCUAGGGCUUUAUCCCUAUUAUGAGGCUGACAGCACUGCGGUGAAUGGGGGCCUUCCACAGCUUGUCAGUCUCUCUCUGCACAAUGAAAGGAUGCCACAGGGUCUAGACAAAUACAUUCCAGACCAUCAGGCUAAAGGUCUGUCUGUCAUUGACUGGGAGGAGUGGCGCCCCUUGUGGAUCCGAAACUGGGAUGCCAAAGAUGUCUAUAGAAGGAUAUCACGGGAAUUGGUGGCCCAAAAGAACCCUAGGUGGACUCCAGAGCAAGUGGGGAAUGUUGCGAAGCAAGAAUUUGAGCUUUCGGCCCGCAAAUUCAUGCUGGAGACCCUGAGACAGGCCAAAAAUCUGAGGCCUAAUCAGUUGUGGGGUUUCUAUCUGUUUCCUGAUUGUUACAACCAUGACUACAAAGGCGGGCUAAAAAACUAUACAGGACGUUGCCCUGCUGUUGAGAUUGACCGCAAUGAUCAACUCAACUGGCUGUGGAUGGAAUGUACGGCCCUUUUUCCCUCGAUUUACAUGGGUUCUGUACUGCGCUCCACAAAACAUGGACGGUUGUUUGUCCGGAACAGGCUGAAGGAGGCGAUGCGCCUUGCAUCUGUUGGGGAUGGGUUGGAGCGUCCUGUUUUUGUGUAUACCCGACCCACUUACAAUAGCGAGAUGACCCUUUUAACUGAGACAGAUUUGGUCUCCACCAUUGGUGAGAGUGUUGCAAUUGGAGCAGCGGGUGUGAUCUUCUGGGGGGACACCUCCUAUGCAACCAGUACCAGCUGCUCUACCUUGAAUAGCUAUCUGCUGGGACCGCUGGGCCAUUACCUCCUCAAUGUGACCACAGCAGCGGAGCAGUGCAGUCAGAUGUUGUGCAAAUUCCGCGGCCGCUGUCUUCGCCGCACACCGGACAGCGACGUGUAUCUGCACCUCAGCCCCUCCACUCACAGGAUCACGAGUCAGAGCGGGAAGCUGAAGGUCACGGGAGCCCCCAGCCAAGCAGAGCUGAAGACUUUCCGCAUGCACUUCAAGUGCCAGUGCUACAGCGGGUACAGGGGUGAAGGCUGCGAGCAGAGAGAAAGAGGGCAGAAUAGAGCCCCCUCUGUCUUUGGGACCUGGCCUCUCUGCUUUCUGCUUCCACUCGGACUUCUCUCUGUGCUUCAUUGACGAAACCAAAUAGCCAAUUUAUUCAGUGCUUCUGCCAGCACUGAAAGGGAAAGUUUUGGUUUCCUGGCACGGAGAUUAAAAUGAGCUUUGUUGUGAAAGUCGCUUUAAGAGCAGCAGGUACUCGGUGCUGGAUUCAGAGAUUAACAUGGUAAAAGGUUUUUAUUUCAACACACAUUGUACUAAAACUACUCAGUGUUUUAUCUCGAAAAUGUUUUUUCUAUAUUUAUUUUAUGAUAAACAUAAUGGAUCAAUUACAGCCUUAAAAACUGGAAACCUGCAUUUAUGUCUAGCAUCAUAUAGCGUUGAAACAGUAUUUGUAUCGCAUAAAACCAUAAUUAUUAGGCGAAGACCUGAUGUAGCCUCCAUCUGUCAUGUUCAAGAAUCAACCUUUAUAUUGUAGUAGAGCCUUAAACAUAAAAUAUAAAGCAUUUUAAAAGAAUAGUAGGAAUCAUGAUGCCUAUUUUACCUUUACAGAAACAGUGUGGCUGGACCUUCCUGUUUCGCUUCCGUUUGUGCUACAACAGGCUCUAUUUUUAUAGCCGCAUUUUGUGCGAAUUUUUCAGCGGCGUUUGGCUUGGUGCACUGAUGCCUUUUUUCUUAUGUACUUCGCAGUCAGAUUAAAUAAAUUUGAAUAAUGUUGAAAAGUUUGUUUAUUUCAAUAAAUCAGUUCACAGUGACACACAUAGAUUAAUUAUACAUAGACUGAUGUUUUUCAAGCCUUUAUUUCUGUUAAUUAUGAUGAUUUUCCACUUAAAACACGACAUUUAAGAUUAGAAAAUGACAUCGAAGCAAUAAAAAAUAAACAUUUAUAAAAAAAUGAAAUGUAUGUUCAAUACCUGUUUAAAGGUAAUUUUUUAAAGAUACUUUAAAUCUGACAAACAAGCCUCAAAGAAACUUAUUUUAAUUUAUUGAAUAUGCCUAUAUAUAAAAAUGUGGCAGGAAUAUUGAAGAUGAGCAGAAACAGAUCAGUUUACACUUAUUUUAACUGUGAAAACUAGUUUCACCAAAAAAUGUAUCACUGGCAUUCAGGUAAUGUCACUUCUGCCUUUUUUUUUUUUUUUGCUUCCCUAUGAAAGGUUUUAGUUUUAUAUAUUUGCAUGCAAUGUAAAUAUUUAGGGCUGAUUUGAACUUGUUCCAGAUGAAAUUCACAUUGAAGCAGAAAUACUAAAGUAUACUUCUCAGACGUUUUAAAUCUCAUUUGAAGCUGUAGCUUCUUUUAAACCAAUUUAUAAACUUGUUUUUUGAAAAUCAUCACGAUCAAAACCAGAUUAGCUGACUGAACAGUUUCAUAUCUCUAUACUGACUGGUCUCAAUAGUUCAAUGCGCAGAAAGGUUUGCAAUAGUCUUUCGUAUGUGUCGCCAUUUUAAAAAAAUUUGCACUUUAAGUACUUUUUUCUUGGUAGAUUAAGCUUCACUAUGCAUUUCUAUUUGUUAAAAGUUGUCUUUUCUUAGCAUAUGGCAGCCUGUAAGCCUUCUGUCAGUGCAGAGCAGUACAAAAUGUUUCAACCAUGAUUGUUCCUUGUUUGAAUUAUAUUCCACUGUGUAUGUUGUCCAAAGAAACUAAUCUGUGAUUGUCGCUCAUUCCUUUGCAUUUCUCCCGUAUUGCUUUAGGGGACAUAGGUACAAUUUUGAACAUGAUUUCCUCUGUGCCACUCUGUUUUAUAAGCGGCUUUGUCUCAGUAUUUAUAAGACUUACUAGAAAUGUAAAAUCUCUAUUUUCCCAAAAUGUACUGCUGUUUUUGUUUUAUUGUCUGCCAAAAUAAAAACAAAGUUAUGUAUCUUGAA